AUGGCGCAUCUUCUCAGAAGUACAUUUUUGGAACAACUAUCCCGAAAUGGUAAUCCUCCUGGUGAUACACCGAUGGUUGAUACAGCUGAACAAGUUUAUAUAUCAUCAUUAUCAUUACUUAAAACGCUUAAACAUGGUCGAGCUGGUGUACCAAUGGAAGUGAUGGGGUUAAUGUUAGGUGAAUUUGUUGAUGAUUAUACAGUUCAUGUUAUUGAUGUUUUUGCUAUGCCACAAUCAGGUACUGGUGUUAGUGUUGAAGCUGUUGAUCCAAUUUUUCAAACUAAAAUGCUUGAUAUGCUUAAACGAACAGGUCGACCUGAAAUGGUUGUCGGUUGGUAUCAUUCACAUCCAGGUUUUGGUUGUUGGUUAUCUGAUGUAGAUAUGAAUACUCAACAAAGUUUCGAAGCUUUAACUGAACGUACUGUUGCUGUUGUUAUUGAUCCAAUUCAAAGUGUAAAAGGUAAAGUUGUUAUUGAUGCAUUUCGUUUAAUACAACCACAAAUAUUUAUCCUUGGUCAAGAAUCUCGACAAAUAACAUCAAAUUUAGGUCAUUUAAUAAAACCAUCUAUACAAGCUUUAAUUCAUGGUCUUAAUCGUCAUUAUUAUUCAAUUAUUAUAAAUUAUCGAAAAAAUGAAUUAGAACAAAAAAUGUUAUUAAAUUUACAUAAAAAAUCUUGGAUCAAUGGUUUAACUAUUGAAAAUUUUAAUCAACAUAAUGAACAUAAUAUUAAUAUUAUUAAACAAAUGGUUGAUUUAUCAAAAAAUUAUAUCAAAUUAUUAGAAGAUGAAGAAAACAUGACACAAAAACAAUUAACUAUAGAAAAUAUUGGAAAACAAGAUCGAAAAAAACAUUUAGAAGAAAAUAUUGAUACUUUAAUGACUUCAAAUAUUGUUCAAUGUAUUGCUGUUAUGAUAUCUUUAGUUAUAUUCAAAUAG